GCAGCGUCUGAUCUGGCUUUUUCUUGUUCUUGUUCCCCACUUGUCAAGUUCGAACAGGUAAACGUACCUGCGGUCCACGCCCUCCGUCGCGCAGUUGCGCACAGCCGAUGCGGAUCAGGAAGUCGCUGUCAACGCUGUCGCAAAUGCUGGAACGUGGGAUCUAAUUAAAAUGCAAAGACUGGACAUUUGAUAACUUUUUUUUUUUAAAGUUUACGUUUAUAUACGCCUUAAUAUUUUAGGGUUUUUUUUUUAGUGAGUAUGCAGCUGUGUGGCUCCAGCGCGCUUCUGGGACUUUUGUUUUUGACCAUCUUCGACUCAUCAGAAUGCCUACAGAUGAAGGUUCACCCAGACAAGGGCUUGGUCAUUGUGUCCACUGAGCUGCCUCUGGAUCAGUGUGCUGUGUGUACUGUUGACGGUGUGAAUGUCACACAAUGCAGCUCCCGGUUAGUUCUUCAGCCCGAACAAGAAGUCACAUUGCUGUUCAACUGUUCACAGUCAAUCGAUCAGGCUUACAAUGUCCAGAUUGUCCGAGACAUUGAAUGCACUAUGGAUGCCUGCAGUCUGACCACAGGAGAAACUCAGCCCUCCAUUCUAUCAGAGUUCCCAAGAACCUUUACCUGGAACCUAAAAACUCCAGAAAAUACAGUUGUGGGUCUAAACAUAGUUAAUGAGGGACUAGUGGAGACAUCACAGCCAUGCGAUGAUGGACUUCAGUAUUCUGUAACCACAAAAAAUGUCCAAACUCAUUACUGUCGAGGGGGUUCUGUCAAGCAUUUAGAGCUACCCAAUGAAGCUAUUUUCUCUCUGCAAGUUAAACCAAAAUCACAGGUGGAAUCGCUAUUGUUCCAGACCUCUGCUGCACCAAUAAAGGGCCGGAAAGUGGAUAUAACUGUUGAUCCAGACGUGAUUGUAGACAUUAGGAGGGAGCCUGAAGGACCAGAAUGUCAUGUGUGCUUGGCCGAUCGGGCUGAGCCCACCUGUGAUGAGACUGCAAUCUCUAUAGCAGAUGUUCAAAACACCUUGGAGUUCACCUGCCUAGAACCUCAGGAUGUCUUCACAGUAACGAUGAAGAAGAAAAUAGUAUGCACACGGACCUCCUGCAGCUCUGCCACGGGACAUGUCCAUCCUACCCUCCUUAAGGAGUUCCAAAGAGCCAUAAUGUGGGACAUUGUUGUGCCAGAGAGGACCGAGUUAACUUUGGGCUUCCCUGGUGAUGGUCUGACAGAGACCUCUGGACCAGAGAAAUGUGAUAAUAGGAUUCAGUACACUGUGAAGACAACUAAAGCUGAUGGAAAGAGCAAAAUUAAAAACUACUGCCAGGCUGGGCCCGUGUCUCAUCUGGAUCUGCUUGGAACAACAACUGUGACUGUAGAUAUCCCCAAAGGAGGAGAGCUGGGCCCGACUGCAUUCACCGUUAAAGUAGUUCAAAGAGCUGGGAGAAUGAUCGCCGUUACGCCCGACCUUGAUACCACUAUUAGCAUCAUCAAGCGGAUCAACGAGCCAGAUUGUACUGUGUGUAUAGACAAAGGUCCCAGUCAGAAGUGCAACCCGCGUCAUCUGAUCCUAACAGACGCUCGGAACACCUCCGUGGACUUUAGCUGCCCUCAGCCUCAGGAAGUCUUCAGUGUGGAGAUCAACAAAAAAAUUGAAUGCACAGAGACGACGUGCUCCGUCAACACCAUUCAGGCCGAGACCUCCAUGUUCCCAGACUUUAACCAGACCUUCAUCUGGGAUCUGAAAGUUCCCCCCACUAAGGCGUUCCAGUUGGACUUCUCAAAACCUGGAAUCCGACAGAUUCCUAAUGGAGACUCGUGUCCAGAUGAUCACACAUAUUCUCUUGUUACCUAUCUACGCACUGGUCCAGCAACUGUUGGUACCUUUUGCAAAGGCGGCACUGUUGAUACAAUUCUUGUGCGCUACAAAGGCCGCUUGUUGUUACAAGUUCCUGGUCAAAAAAUUUUGGACCCCUUAGACAUCAAACUCAGCGUGGGUCCUGUGAUGAGCAUGGUGGCGAUAGUAAAAGCUGAGCUACCGCGAGGCGUUUCACAAACGGAGUUCACCACAGCCAGCUAUCCCGCUGACUUCCCUGAUGAUGAGCAGAUGCAGUGGGACUUUGUGGUGCCUGGCAUGCACAACUACACAGUGCAUUUUCGUGACCAGACCAUGCCAGAAUGCCUCCAGAAGGACGUGGUGGUAGAAUAUGAGAAAGAGGAUAAGAAAGUGACUAAACUGAGCCUGAUGGAUCCUCAGCCAGAGCACCAGCAAGGCAACUUCAACAUGCACCUGAAGAAUUGCAAAACCAACCGCACGCUGGAAGGACUCACCUUGAAGUUUGCAGUGUCUGUAAUGAGGAGUGGUCAUCCAGUUCUAUGUACAGUGGAUCUAACAAAAUACAAAGACGUGUCCCUGCAAAUCGAGAAAGUGGGCUCUGAUCCAUAUUGUGAGAUGAGAAUCGACUCUAAAUUAGAAAAUAAGAUAAAUGUGGCUGCUGGUAAUAAGGCCGGUCUCUCUUUUCUUGACUGUCCAAAUGAAGAUGUGCGUCUCACUGCAAGUAAAGUUAUUGGAUGCCAAAAUAUCAAGACAUGUUUUGGGAGUGGGACUCUCCUCACUGUUCCCAAAUUGGAUUUGUGCCUGCCGAUACCUCUCCACAGCUUCAGUUGGCACCUGACCAUCCCUGAGGGUGGCACAGUGGAUCUGGUGUCGCCCACAGGAACUCUCCAGCAGUCCCUACCCGGUCAGGAAUGCAACAAUUCUUUCUCGUUGCAUGUUGCUGAUGGCGGCGGGUCGUCUGUUGGGGAUUUCUGCUUUAAUGGGAUCAUUGAGAAAGUACAGGUGCACUCCAAUGUCACUGUCACAGCUAGAGCAAAGAACUUUACCGAGACCAGAGGACCUUUUCUCAACGUGUCCUUCAGUCAAGAGAUUUCAGAAAGCAUCAUUUAUAGAGUCAAACCUAAGGUGUCGUCACCGGCCCUGCUGGCCACGCCCAACUGGCCUGAUGGCAUGAAGGCCUUCUCAACCGUGUCCUGGCUCGUCACUCUGCCGAGCCAGUACGAAGCAGACAUGACGUUUGUCAACGUCAGCCAGCCCAAAUGUAGCCAGCCGCACACUAUCAUGAAGGUCCAGACACUGGGGUCCGAGGAGGAGAUGCUGAGCCGCAGGGAGGACGAAGAUGUGGUGGACAAACUAUUGGUCCCGGACAGCUUCUACCUCAACGUGUCCAAUUGUAACCCAGAGGAGGGACACUUUGGUGUCUUGACCAAAGUCAUUCUGCAGAAGAAGAGCAGUCAUCUCUUGGCCAUCCUUCUCGGGAUAGCAGGAGCUCUUCUUCUGCUUACCAUAAUACUGGCUGUUGUGUGUGUUAUCAUAAGGAAAAAGAAAAAGGAACAAAACAAGGGGGCGUCCCUCUACGUGGGCAAAGUAAACAUCUUCAUGCCAAGUGACAAGCCGUUCUCCAAAAGUCGAUCCGACAACGAAUCCCAUGUCUACGCCUCUAUUGAUGAGACGAGGGUGUACGGCCACCUGCUGGGUGACUCCAGCUACGCCGACAGCAUGCAGGACCACUUUCAGGAAACGCAGGUAGACUCCUACAACACCUUCAAAGGGCCGAAUGACACCAAGUUGCCUGUAAUAAAUGAACCGGAUGCAGAACCUGAGAUGGACCAGAUUUUCUUGGACCCCUCUGAAUCGUUUAUCCCAUCCCGUCCACGCACGCCCAUAGGCCGCCAGGACAGCAUUGGCUUCGAGGACCGCAGGAUGGUGCAGAAUGCUCUCUACACUUUUAAGAACACUGGGGACAUAAACACUAUCCGGCUGUCAGACGGAGAAAUGGAGUCGAACCAGUAGCGGAGGAGUCUUCGUAGCAGGUCUGAUAAGACUGUGUGACUGUUACUCAGACUUUAUGCCUACGGAUGUGGACGGAUGGAACAGAACAACUGGAUGGAAUCUGACAAUGACUCUGGGAUUGUUGAGCCCCUGAAUGUGAGCUGGCUGUUUUCAGAACUCAGUCAUUUCUUGCUCUUUCAGGGAAGAAGCUGCGAUCCACAAGUUGAAGGGGUCGUAUUAUGCAAAGUCUGUUUUUAAAAAGUUGCAAAUUUUUGGGAUUUCAACACUGUACAUUUUGCAGUGUUUAACACUGCAGCAAGUGCAUAUUGUUGCAUUCAAAAUAGUGUUUAAUUAUCUCAGUGGUAGUUCUAAAUAAACUGUACUGGUGUUAACUCGACAAGGUCAUCACUAAGGCUUAAUUUAACAUUAUUUUCAAUGGGACAAAUGCACUUGUUAGUGUUACUUUUACAAAGUAAAAUCUAAUGUGGA